CGUCUUUUCCCUCUUUUUUUAUCCUUCUUUUAUUUUGUUCAUCAAGACUGUAAAAUAUUAUGUCAGAGCGCAAAUUUAGCAACCCGCGCAAAGAAACAAAUGACAAUCGCGUGAUGCGUGGCCCGACAGGUAGUAUCACUUGGUUCGAUCCACGUACCACGACAAGCGAACAGCGAAGUUGGGCACAAGCACCAGGGGAGUCAAACUGGUUUAACCCACGCCCUUACGACAACGGCUCUAUAGCGUGGGGCACCAAAUCGACUGUGUGGGUUGAUCCCAUGACAGAGUUCAGCAUGAAGAAGUAACCGACUGUGAAAGUCGGUUUUGUAUAGGGUAGACAGUGAUGUUUUGUGUUUUUAUAUUAGCUUUUCAAGUAAAUUUCAUGUCUUUCAUCAAUCGUGUAUGUAAAAGAAACAAAAAAAAAGGGUAACGGAGGUUGGUUGGCUUCAAGGUAUAAAGGAAACUAUUCCGACAGCAAGCGAUUUUGUUUGUGCUUGUGCCAGCAAAACAGAUCUAAAGCGACUUAAAAAAAAAAAAGAUUAUCUACGAAGAAUUUUUAAAGUAUGGCAGGGUGACAGCUUAUACCAAAUAGAUCGAG